CCACUUUGACAAUAUUUACUUAAGUAUUUCCCCCCACCUCACUGACACACAUGCUCCCCCACACUGGUUCCCUUAAAUAGUUCCAGUAGAAAAUUUUUUUUUCUUUUUUUUUCCCCCCUCAAGAAAGGAAAGAGAAAGUCUAACCACUACGGCAAUACUUUUAAGCUCUACUAAAUGAUCCUAUCCUUUCUGGCUUCGAAACUUUUGUACCUAAAAAUCGAGAGAGGCGCUGCAUUUUUUCAGCUGAAACUGUCAAAACUUGGAGUAGGGGAACCUCGGAGGCAGGCAGGAGAGGAGGAGAAUCCCGAAACUCGGUGGAGGUUGGGAAGAUGCUGUGCCUCGAGGAUUAGUUUAAACAGGGGGCUAUAAAAGAUGUAACAGAUGCAAACUGUAACACAAGGGCCAUUAACCCUUUCUCUGCCAAGCACACUCAGUCCCCACGCCCCGCACCUAUUGUCUCCUGUGCUAGAAGCUUUGCAGAAAACCUGGAAAGUAUUUGCCAAGUUCUAAUUGUUGAAUAUAAUGAAUAGAAAGUAGAUGCGAAAAUAGAGCAGUAGCUCUCCCCUUGAUGAGUUUUUAUUCCAGCUAUAUAGUUCUCAAUAAAACUUUUCCUAGGCUGGGUAGCAAGAGGCACCUUUGGUUACCUGAAUGGACAGGUACCGUGCAAAUUAUUUGGAGGAGAAAAAAAGGAGAGAAAAGGAAGGAGAUAGAGCGAGACUGCGAGAGAAAGCGAAGAAGCUACUCUUGGGAAAAGCUUGCCAUAAAGGAGCUAAACCCACCUGAAAUUCCUGCCCACGGACACCCCUUCUCACUUCAGACUCACAUCCCCACUCAAAAUGAGAAAAUUAGAAAAAGAGGAUGGGGGACGAGCACACCAAAAAGGGAUAAAAAGAGAGAAAAGGGAAGAAAAAAACCUACCUGCGAAGUCUUGUUUGUAGUUUUGGCCAGAAAUGGUGAGAAGAAAAAGCAUGAAGAAGCCGCGAAGUGUGGGGGAGAAAAAGGUGGAAGCGAAGAAACAGCUCCCGGAGCAAACUGUACAAAAACCUCGCCAAGAGUGUCGGGAGGCAGGACCGUUAUUCCUGCGGAGCAGGAGAGAGAGGAGAGACCCUGAAACACGCGCCACCUAUCUUUGUGGGGAGGGAUAAUUGAAGCGCCCUGAGCGUGAGCAUCAUGUGAAAACGUGAUCGCCAAGUUUCUCUCUGGGAAAGGAUCUGGGAUAGAUUAUACCUUGAAGUCUCCGCAAACGCUUUAGUGGAAGAAAUGAAAUUCCACCUCCCUCCCUUCCUCUCUCUCCCUCCCUUUCGGCGGCUCCCUCCCUCCCUCCUUUCUCCACGCCCAACCCCCCCUCCCCCCCCCCCCCGUCAAGCCUUUGGCAUCAUUAUCCUCAUCACUAAAUCCUACAGAGUACAGGGCGGAAAACGGUGCACACCAUUCACAGAACUGGAGAACUCCAAGGGGCGAAAGUUAAAGGGAAAGAUCCUAGGUCCUCCAUCCAGAUCGUCUCUUCUUAUACAGAUAUCUCUAAUGACCAGAUCUGAGAUGCACAUCAAGUUGUGUGGAUGUCUCAGCACGGCUUCUGGAACUAAAUUCUUUGCCCUUUCUCUUAAUUUUUUUUUUUUCCUUUUUAGAUGCCAGAGCCAGAAGAAAAAAAAAUGCUGCUGCAUGUGAGCUGCAUCUUAGGGCAUGUGUGUUAGGGUGUGUGUGUGAUGAAUUUCUGGAUUGAAUCCCAAUAUUAAAAAGUAGUUUGGCAUUUUAAUAAAGGGUCUCUAAGUAAAUUAACAUAGAA